AUGGGUCCACCACCGGUGGUAACGGGCAUAUCACCGAAAGAAGGACCUCCUGGAACACGCGUGAUAGUUCGCGGUGAAUUCCUGGGUAGCAAAGCGCAGGAUCUUAUAGGUUUAACAAUAUGUGGGUGUGAUUGUCUAUUAUCAGCAGAAUGGAAGUCCUCUAAUAAAAUCAUUGCUAGAUCUGGACCUUGUAAAGGUCGUGGAGAUAUUAUAGUAACUACACGAAAUGGAGGGCAAGGAACAUCAACAGUACAAUUUCGUGGUUAUCAUGAAACUAUAGGCCCUAUGAAAGAGUCUGCAGUAUGGGUAGAAGAAGCUCCUAUGCAAAGUUUUGUCUGGGGAAGAAGAACACUUUCCCCAACAAAUUAUCAACAGGAAGAUCCUUUGGGUCUAAGUGUAGAGGGCAAUGAUAAAAAAUUUCCUGAAGAUGAGUUAAUGGAACUUUUUGGAGAGGGUAGCGGAGAUCUUACUAGUGAAAAGUUCCAUCCUGGUUGGUUUUUAUUACAACACCACCAUGCUACUACUUUUGAAGAUUUAAAAGCUGGAUUAGCAUAUCUAAAAAGAAAAGUGAAUUCUCAGAAAGAGGGUCAAUUAUCAUUUUUAAAGGCUAAUGUAGGUUCAGUAGUGGAACAAUUAGACACUAUAAUAUUAUUAAAGGAACAGUUUGAAGCAGAUAUAAAAACAUAUGGCCCUGACCCUACUGAAAAACUAGAAAAAGCUAUUAAACAAUCCAUGUCAGAGGCUAAUAAAUUAUUUGAUGAUGUGUUAGCAAGGAGAGAUAGAGCAGAUGCAACAAGAAAUGCAUUGGCUGUAAUGCAAAGAUACAAGUUCCUUUUUUGUAUGCCAAUUAAUAUAGAAAAAAACAUAAAACGAGGCAAUUAUGAUCUCGUAAUUAAUGACUACGCGAGGGUAAAAAAUUUAUUUAAAAGUACUGAAGUCGAUGUUUUUAAAAAAGUAUUAGAAGAAAUCGACAACAGAAUCGAUAUGUUAAAAGUACAUCUAAGAAAAAAGCUUGAAGAAAUGCCCUUUAGUUUAGAAGAACAUAAGAAAAUAAUCAGAAAUCUUGUUAAUUUGGAAGCUGAGGGAGAUCCAGCUUGGGAUGCAAUAGUUUUCCAUUCGAAUUAUUUGAAAAAAAGUAUUACCACUUGUAUGCAAGAACAUUUGGAAAUAGAUAAUUCCAAUGGAGAAGAUUUCAACAAAGUGAAGUCAACACAGAUCAAUAAACAAUCAAAAUUGAAUAAAACUGAUGGAACUAGUACACCACCACAAAUAUCAUCUAUUGAAACAAUUUGUGACAUUAUAGUUGAACAACUACCAGACUUGUGGAGAUUAGGCCAAAGUUACUUUACAGGGCAAUUACAUGUAGCAGUAGAUGCAGAAAAACAAACACCUUUUAAGAAUCUGGUUUUAUCAAGCAUGCAGCAUGCCAUGGAAGCCAUGAGAAAUACAUGUAGCAAUGAUUUGGAUGCUGUAUGGCUUUUACAUAUCUUGCGUAGGAUUAGGCAAAUGUAUGCUUCAUUGAUUCAUUUGGACUUGCCAAGCGAUGCGUUAGAUAUUUUCGGAAAAUUUAUACUCGAUUUAAGAUUGCAGUGCUUUGGUGCUCUUUUUAAACAAACCGCUGAAAAUAUAGCAGCUUUACAUAAGAAAGAAACUUGGCAGAUUGAAUAUCUGAACGAAGAUGGUGGCGUUACGAAAGUGCCAUAUCUAUUCGAAGAAAUGGUUAUGGAAGUUUCAAAGCGAGCGCGAGAUACGGUAGUCGCUUGCGGUCCUCGAGAAGGACCAUUGUUCGCGAAUCCUGUGCACCAACUUUUAUUUUAUAAUUCUGUUAAGACAUUGUUCACAUCAUUUACACGAUGUCUACAACAAUUGGCAUUUAAUGGCUGCGAGGAUGCUUUAGACGACGAUGAACCUUCAGUCUCGCAAUUAGUUGGUUCUCCAUCUGUCUAUAAGAGCAAGAGUAACAAACAUCAAGGCCCAACGUGGGAACAGUGCCUCUUAAUCUCAUUAAGUAAUAUUCGUUAUACACUGAACACUGUCCUACCAAGAAUUGGAGACGUCUUAAAGGAUCAGGAUUAUCCAAACUUGUCAAACGCGGUUGGAUGGAAUUCCGAUUGGACACAACUGGAGACACUGGAUACUGCUGUCUUGGACGCGUAUUUGGAACGCCGCUGCGAUCCAUUGGUCGGUACAAUUGAACCGAGUAUGUAUCUAGGCGGUCUAGAAUGGGAUUUUGAGACUGAACCUACUCACGUGAAGCCGUACGCGCAAGAAAUCUUAGCAAAUUUAGUCGCAGUUCACGCAGAGGUACGUCGUGUCGCACCAGCUUUAUUACAACGUGUGCUAUCUCAUAUAGUUGAGACUGUAGCGGAAGAACUUGCAAGGCUUAUGUCUUGUGUUACUCAAUUUCGACCUCCUGGAAUAGUGCAAGCACGAACCGACAUUAUACUUUUGCGGAACGCUUUGCAGUCUUAUAGUACAACUAGAGCAAAGAACUUCUUCGAAGAGGCUCUGGACGCAAUACCGCAUCCUAUUAACAAAGACGAUUGCAUGAGAAUUGACAUGUUAUUAUCGAAAGUGGCAACGUCCAUGCAUUUGCAACUAUCAUGUCUUGCCAGUGAUACAACAAAUAAUACUCCUACAUUGAUUGCUGAUCCUAAUCGCGUUACUACUGUAUAG